AUGGUAUUUGAUUGGGAAAUUGAUCAAAGUGGUUUCUGCAAAGUUACUUGGCCAGAACAAAGUUGGUAUGCUCAAAACAUUAAAACUAUCGAGGAUUUUUUAGCAUUUAAAUAUAUAAAAGAUUUUUUUGGCAUUAAAGCUAUCGAGGAUUUUUUAGCAUAUAAAAGAUUUUUUAGCAUUAAAGCUAUCGAGGAUUUUUUAUCAUAA